AUAAAUGCAUCUUACAGGGGAAUAUAGCAUGAUGCUAGGAUAUUACUUGUCACCCGCACCCACUCUCUCCCUGUCUCUCUUAAUCCAAGCAUUUCAUAACCUUCAACUAGCGGUGAGUGUAUCUAGAGCGUAUCUAUGCUCGAGACGGCAUCUGUAAAAGGAGGCCUGUCUUAUGCAACCCGAUCAAGUAUAUCGUCCUUGCUAACAUUCCGAGUAUAUGAAACUAACUUCAAGGCAUGCAAGGGAUGUGCAGGAGGUGACGGAUGCAGAGAGCAAGAGUUGCAGCUCACCAAGUAAGCCCUAACUUGCCGAAAGAAUGUAUAUAUAUGCAUGUAAGAACUUCUCCAACUCAGAAAACCCCUUGGGGAUCCACGUAACACAGCAUAACAAAAUCAAUAAUAAAGAUGCAAUAUUAACUUCCAUCAGUUCGCUCCUAACCAAGGCGUGAAACUGACGGUAACCCCCAAGGACCACAGUAUGUUGUUCGCUUUGGAUAACAUCAGCAAUGGAAACUGGGAAGAUAUCCGCACCGUGGUCUGUAUUCUCAUCCUUGUAACGACUAAAAAGGGGUCCAUCGUUCGACUUGCAUGUAUUCCCGUUUUCACCGCAAUCUUAUACCUGCAACUAUGGGGGUCUUCGACCAGCGCCAGCACUCCCUUCCAAGUGUCGAGUGAAGGCCGUUCGCUAGGGAACUAUCUUCACCACUUGAAUCUUCUCGUGCUGAUAGGAGUAGACCUAAAGACCGAUGCUACCCAUAGCCUCUGGUCGCGGUUGAAAUCCGCCGUGUUCUACUAUGCUUUCAAUCUGAGGGGGAUUGGAACCGUCCACCAGACCAAAAACAUUCCUGAGCUCCCUCGCUACUUCCGAGGAAAGUCGAACCCGAAAUACGAAUUUAUCCUCCGGCAAGUCACGAUUGGAUUUUGGGAGUAUCUUGUUGCGGAUCUGGGACUCUCCCUUCUGAGAAGACUCUCGGAUGAACGGCGCUCCCGGUAUUACGGCGCCGGUGAAGAAUGGAUCUCCUGGACAGACGGAACAGCCGCGCAGUGGCGAUUGCGAUUUCUAGCCACCCUUGUUUUCUGGCCGACGCUCAAGGUUGCUCUUGAUAUAGGGCAUCGGUUUGGUUCCGCGCUGCUGACGGCAACUGGCAUGACAUCCAUGUCCGAGUGGCCACCCAUGUUCGGAAGCAUUACAUCGGCAUAUAAGCUGCGCAACUUCUGGGGGUGAGUGUAAUGCAAUACUCCAGCUUCUUGAUAAAAAGGGGGUUGCUUUCUAAACAAAGAGCAGGAAGUUCUGGCAUCAAUUCCCUAGAUGGUCCUUGACAUCUUAUUCCAACUUGAUCACUCGAGAAUGGCUGAGAAUCCCCAAACAGUCACUCUUUGGUCGAUAUUUGAACAAUGCCAUUGUCUUUGCCCUUUCAGGGGCAGUUCAUCUGGCUGCAAAUUGGAAAUCAAAUAUCUUUGAUGGAGAUGGGGGCUGCUGUCUCUUCUACCUGUCCUUUGUCGUGGGAUAUAUCAUUGAG